GUCUCUACCAUAGUAGUUGGUUGUUCAUGGUUCGAAACGAUUUCGCGUUUAUAUGCCAACAUUUAUGGAAAUGUGCAAAAGAGAAUUGGAAAAAACAAAGCGAAAAUUUGUACAAAUCAUACAAACAUCGCUGAUGUGUAAAUAAAAUUAUAUUUUGUGAUUUCUUUUGAAGCAUUAAACUACUUUUUCACGAAUCAAAGCCUCUUCUUAACUUCCUGAGAUUGUGUAAAAAUUGGUAAGACGUUAUCGACGUCGCUUACCAAUGUUUUCUUUCGUACAAAUGAACUUCAGCGCUUUAUCAGUACUACUGUCAAGAGUGUGGACAUGCAUCUGUUUUAUGUUCAACAGACAAGUUCGCUCGAUUGUUCAAUAUCAACCAGUCAAAUAUGAACUCUUCCCAUUAUCACCGGUGUCCAGACAUCGCCUUAGUAUAGUGCAACGGAAAACACUUGUGUUAGAUCUGGAUGAAACGCUCAUACAUUCACACCACAGCGCGAUGUCACGAAAUACCGUGAAGCCUGGUACACCUCAUGACUUCACGGUAAAAGUAAUUAUUGACCAUCAUCCAGUUCGCUUUUUCGUUCAUAAACGGCCUCAUGUAGACUAUUUUUUGGAUGUGGUUUCACAAUGGUAUGACCUAGUUAUAUUUACAGCCAGUAUGGAGAUUUAUGGCGCUGCAGUUGCUGAUAAACUGGACAACGGACGUAAUAUUUUGCGUCGGCGUUAUUAUCGUCAGCAUUGCACACCUGAUUUCAGCUCAUACACCAAAGAUUUAUCUGCUAUCUGCAGUGACUUGAAUAGAAUAUUUAUAAUUGACAAUUCACCUGGCGCAUAUCGUUGCUUUCCUAAUAACGCGAUACCUAUAAGGAGUUGGUUCUCCGACCCAAUGGACGUUGCGCUGCUAUCACUUCUUCCAAUGUUGGACGCCCUGCGGUUUACAAAAGACGUGCGUUCAGUUUUGUCAAGAAAUUUACAUUUGCAUCGUUUAUGGUAGCAGUUUUACAGAUUAAAAAUUUGGUGCUGUGACGCUUAAACGAGUUUUUAGUUUGUUUUAUAUAUUAAGCAUUAUUAAUGAAAAGAAUCCAAUUCAAUACACCAACACUAGUUUUAACACACAUACACAGACAUACAUAAAGACCGAAAACAUAUUCUUAAUAUUUUCUUCUCCUUGAUAUCUUCCACCCCAGCAUGACUUUCCAUAUUCGCAUUUUAAGCGAAAUUAGGAAAACUGUUUACCAUUUGAUAAAUUCGCUGGAUAUAUAUUUAAUAAAUAAAAUACAUAUAUAAUUUGCUAGAGGAUUAUUUAACUUUAUGUGUAUUGUUAUAAAUAUGUGUUUUGACUAAAAAAAAUUAUUUAUUGGAAACAAAAACAUAAAUGAAAUAGUUUAAGUACUAACCAAGUGUUAUUUCAUAAAUGAUAUAUGGAAAGUUUAUUGAAAUUAAUUGUUUGCUUUGUGUAUUAUAGAUGAGCAUUGAAAAUUAUAAUGUAUAAUUUGUAGCAUUUAAAGACAGCGCAACCGAACAUAUUUUAAUUACUGAAUAUGUUAUUCAAUUAAGAAAAAUGAAAUAUCAAAAGGAUGUAACAACAAUACCAACGGCCAUGUACAAUACAAUAAGUGCUAACAUAAACACUCACACACACACACUUAAGCAUGAGAAAAGGUUUGAACGAUUUCUCUACAAAGAUUGUUUCUUCCUCUUGAUAUUAUGUUUUCAUUCAAUAAAAUAAAAUUAACAUCAACAAUGUCUGACAAUUAAAACAAAAAAUCUAUUAAUAAGAACAAACUGACUCAGUUAUCAUUUAGAAUUAACUCUGUGUCCACAAAAAAGUAAAGAGUAGCUUGUAAGUUUGUAGUAAGUUUGAAGUAUAAUAUAGAACAGAAUAAUGAAGCGAGCAGAAUAAUCAAGGAUAGUCUAUCA